AUGUCUGAUUCUGGCGCAACAGACGGUAUGAGGAUUGCGUAUGCCUACGACCUGGAAGCGGCUCCAGGUAAAACCAUCGUCGGUGUGGACGCUACGUACCUUCCAGGCGAAGAGACCCCACCCCACACUCACAAAAAUGGCCCUAUCAUGGUUUAUGUCUUGAGUGGCUCGGUGAAAGUCGGAUUGAAUGGUAAAGAGCCGAAGAUUGAGUGUGCUGGGGAUUCGCACUAUGAGCCUGCAGAUACGCAUGUCACGCUCGCCGUGAACCCGAGCAGCAUCGAGUCUUGCAGGUUUUUCUUUACGGAAGUUCUUGAUACGGGGAUUUGGGAAUCGCAGGGGAAAAAAGCACUUUUCAAGCUUGACUCGGAUCCUACGCUACCUUAG